UUAGUUAAUUUAUUUUUUGUCAUUUAUAUACUCCAAAUUUUAAUAAUCAAGCAGAUACAAUUGUCAAAAAAAUUGAGUCGUAAGAACUUGAAAUAGGCGGUAUUUGUAACCACAAAUCAAAUCGGCCUAGGCUAGUAGUAAUUUUCCCUCUCGAUUCAAAAAAUUUGUAGUUUGGUUGAUUUGAUCAAAAACAAAGCUAAAGGGUUUAAGGGAAAAUUCUUUGGAAAUGUCCACACAAUUUUAUAUGUAAAAUACGUAUUUCGCAUUCUGGGGCCUUUAAAAAAUGCUUGUUAACUUCAACUUUUGUAAUUUUUAAUCUGAACCGUUACUACACCGAAGAUGUAAUAAACUGCUCAACAAUGAACAGGAAUUUUUGUAAUUUAUUCUUAUUCUGUUAAUUUUAAUUAAAUUAACCGAUAUAUUCUUACAACUUGGUAAAUGUUAAUCUUCUUUUUUAAUAACGGAUUUUUUUUUUUUUUUCAGUAUUGUGUUGACCUUCGUACGAGGCGGACGUGUGUGUCUCUAGCGAGAGGAUUUAACAAGAAAUAACAAGUGGAGAGAACUGAAAUUUUGAAUUCCUUAUUCAUUUUUUUUUUUAUUUCACCGAUUUUCGAAGAAGGAAAUUAAAAAAAAAAAAAUUGUGCUUUUCCUUUUUUGAAAAUGGAGGAAGAUAGUGGAGGAAAGAUAACAGUCCCACCUGACAUAAACAUGGUUGAAGAGAAAAAACAGGUUGAUUUUGAAAUCCAACAUUCUAAAAUGGAAGAAUACGAAAAAAUGGAAUUUAACGUCAAAGACCCCGGUCCAUUUCAAGUUAUUCUCGAAAGUAAAAAUAGUGAAGGGAACGGAAUUGCGAGAUUACACCCGAUGGCAAUCGAUAGAAUUAUCCAUGAGAAAUGUAAAGAAAUUGGCAAUAACGUAACAUCGAUCAAAAAAAUGAGUAAAAACAGAAUAAAAGUAGAAUUUAACAACGCUAUUUCGGCAAAUAAAUUUCUCGACGCUCGACCAAUCAAAGAAAAAAACUUUAACACGUACAUUCCAAGACAUCUUUUGAUGAGAAGGGGCAUUAUUAGAAAUGUUUGUGUAGAUAUAUCAGAUUCAGAAUUAAGAGAUAUUAUUAAAGAUCCAUAUGGUAAAGAUUUGAAAAUAAUUGAUUUAAAAAGGCUCAAUAGAAAAUCAAAAGACGAAAAAGGUAAAGACUGUUUGAUUCCCACCCAAUCAGUCUUAAUUACUGUGCGCGGUCAAUAUUUGCCUAAUUACAUGAUAAUUCAUUAUGUUUGGUGUAAUAUCGAUCCAUAUAAUCAGAGAGUAAUACAAUGCAAAAAGUGUUUCAGAUAUGGCCACUUUGCAGACCAAUGUAAAGGAGAGGUAAGGUGCGAAAAAUGUGGGCAAUCGCAUGAUUCCAGUAAUUGCAACUCUACAGAAAUAAGAUGCAUACAUUGUAACUUAAAGCACAAAGCAAACGAUUUUCAAAGCUGUCCACAAUUUAAAAAAGAAAAAGAAAUUAAACAACUGAUGGGAGAACAAAAUAUAUCGUAUAACGAGGCAAAACAAAAGAUUUCCGGAAACACGUUUGCAACGCAGUUAACAAAAACAGUGCCAUGUCUAAAAAAUUUUACGGAAUUCCCCCCCAUAGAAAAAAAGGAUAUGCCAGGCAGACAAUAUGCUUCCACAAGCUCGUACAAAAGGACCAUGAAAAGGAGCAGAUUUCUAUCUCCACCUAGGCAAGAGAUAACGAAACAGCAGAUUGAUCCACACAAUUUUUACAGAGAGGCAACUCCAAAAAAUGAAAUUGGGGGAUUAAUUAAGAACAACCCUCACAUAGAUCAAAGAAAAAAUCAAAUUAACAUAGAUAAUGAUACAAAAGAUACGAUUUUUGAAGCAACAUUCUCGUUAGUUAAAAAGCUACAAUAUGAAAUUAAAAAUAAAAGUACGAAAGAAACAAUGGAUGAUAAUGCGCUGAAAGAAGCAAUACGUGACAGGAUUAACAAUUUAAUGUACAGCUCGUGAAUAGGUACAUGCA